AUGUCUCACUCUUCUAAGAGCUGUUGCAACUCCGAGACUAUGAAUGACAAUGCAAGUCGACCUAGCGAACACGUGCUAGACACAAAAGACCCCAGCACAGCAGCCUCAUCCCAGCAGUCCCAGCCUGGUCAAGGCCGCGAGGGCAAGACAUUAGGUUCUCUGCAGUUCGAAAGCGAUGCAGAGAUCCUAGAAGCGUUAUUCAUCCGCGAAGAGCAGCGCAUCCCAGAGCAGCAAGAACUCCAGCUCUGGACAGUGCCAGCCCACCUGUCUGGUCUAUCGCCUGAGGACAGCGUACCAACCGCCUGCGAGUACGCUCGCAACAGGACAUCCCACGCUGCCUUCCUCAAGCAGGCAUUUCUCUGGAGCUACCUUGCUGGAGACCGCUCGUCAUUCUGGUGUCGGGACGCACGCGAGCCGCCAGUGGGCAAUAGACCGCUUUAUGCGCCUCUCGAUGUCACCAAGAAAGAGAUCCGAGUGCUGAAGAUCACAUGUACUCGUCGAGAUGAUGGCCACGGCCAGAGCUUCCGAGCCAGCCUGAUCCCCGUAUCACUGGCAGAUGAAGAUCCGCAGUAUCUCGCUAUUUCCUAUGCGUGGGGAGAUCCUUCGCCUAUCGGUCGCUUCGAGCGCCAUCCAGACGGUUGCUGGAAUGAAGCCGAGAAUGAAGCCGAGAGAUACGAGGGCAACACUAUCGAAUACAACAAGGCAGUAUUGGCCAUAGUCAGUACGCUCGUCCAGCCAGGUGCCACACUCUACCUGUGGAUCGACGCCGUAUGCAUCAACCAGAAUGACCUCGACGAGCGGGCCAACCAAGUCACGCUGAUGGGACAGGUCUAUUCACGGGCCCGUCAGGUCGUCGUCUUUGUCGGCGAGGCAGACGACGAUGCGGCCAGGGCGCUAGAUCUCGCGGGCGAUUUCAACCGGUUCCGUAGUAUCGUCGGCGAUCAUCUCAACUUUUCGGGACAAGACGAGCUCGCAGCGGCGUGUCUGCGAGCAGGCCUUGACAGGCAGGUCUGGCUCUACCUGCUUCGCCUCUUCCUGCGACCCUGGUUCUACCGCUAUUGGGUCAUCCAGGAGGUCGUGCUCGGCACGAAUCCUGUCAUGAUCUGCGGCCGACAUGCUGCGUCGUGGAGUGACAUGGUCCAGACGUGCCAAUGGGCCAACAAGUCGUCGGUUAAUAUCGGUACGCAGCUGCACCAGGCUGGAAUCAGUCGUGUCGAGAAACAGCGGCUCCUGGCUGCGUCGGAUCGUGGGGCUCACGUCUGUCGCCUGGAAAACUUACGCACUUAUGGCCACGAUACGUCCGCAGCUUUCACGUGGAUUCUGCGGUCAUUUGAUACCUGUCGGACUACGGACCCUCGAGAUCGCAUCUUUGCUAUUCUGGGGCUGCCUCACGUAGCAGGUAUGAACACUGCAGCCUUGAAGCCUGACUAUACCAUCAAAGUCGAGGACCUGUAUGUUCGGGCCGCGAAAGGAGCCAUCCUCCAAGGCGAGGCGAUGCCCACCCUCGCCUUUGCCGGCAUGGGGUACCGCCGAUCUUUAAACCUCCCCUCGUGGGUCCCAGACUGGACUUGUCUUCCUGCGGCGUUCGGCAGCUUCUGGUAUGACGCUCGAGAGGCCGACUACUACACGAUCAGGGGAACACAAGUCACGGUCAGUUGGGACCAAGGCUGCCAAGGGGCCCUUUCACUCGAGGGUCAUUUUGUGGACAACGUGUCGGUGCUAAGUAGCCCAAUUCUCUCGGGAGACGUCAAUUUUUUGGGGUACGACCCGGAGCAGGAAGCCUGGCCUGAUGAGGUGCUGGAGCUCUCCAGGGCAUCUCAAAAAGAGCAGCAAGACGAAAGCCAGACAACCAAAGCCGCCAAAGCCGCCGCAGAACAGACAGACAGCAGGCCUGAGCCAUGGAGGACACGUUUGGCGCAUACGCUCGCCGCCAGCUUCGGUGCGCCUAGUGCCGCCCUCCACAAGAGUUUCGAGGCGUUCCUGCUGCUCUCGAGGGUAAUGCGCUCUGGGUUGCCUGCGAGCUGGAUGAUAUCACUGGAAGACCAUCAUAUAGGGCUAGAGUACGCAAGUCUCUGCCAUACUGCGACAAAGGAACGGCGCUUUUUCAUAUCAUCAGACGGUCACUUCGGCCUGGCGCCGCCAGGCACCCGGCAAGGCGACCAGGUGUGUAUCUUCUCCGGCUUCAGGACGCCAUUUGUGGUGAGAUCGGCCGAGCCCGAGGCUCAAGAGCAGCAGCCCGGCGAAGGGGCCGUGGAGCUGAGGAGCUACAUUCUUAUUGGUGAAGCAUACCACUACGGAUUAAUCUCGGGAGAGCUGACGGUGGGUGGUCCAGCGGAGAGUAUCCGACUCGUCUGA